CCCAGGACCGCACAUUCACUAUAUGUGGUCUCCCACACUCUGUGAUUCACUAUAUCUGGUCUCCCACAGACCCUGCAUUCACUAUAUCUGGUCUCCCACAGACCCUGCAUUCACUAUAUCUGAUCUCCCACAGACCCUUCAUUCACCUUAUCCGGUCUCCCACAAAACAUAGAAAUGCAAUUAUUUUAGUAAAUAUAAACUGCUAAAUACCUUUUCUUAUCAGCAGUAUAUAGCAGUCUUGUGACUUCUAUCAGUGUGUGGCUGAGCACUGGUUAAAUCUUGUAGGAGGAGUUUUCAUUCUGCUCUA